AUGCUUAGCAUUACUUUCACAAGCAUCGCUGUAACCACUGGAAACUCCAGGACCAAUGCUUUCCUGAAGGAGGAGUAUGUAACCUUGACAGAAGAGGAAGGGGGCAUUUGUGGUAGAGGUCAGCAACCAGAGGGGAAAGACAGAAGAGGAAGGUGGCAUUUGUGGCAGAGGUCAGCAACCAGAGGGGAAAGACAGAAGAGGAAGGUGGCAUUUGUGGCAGAGGUCAGCAACCAGAGGGGAAAGACAGAAGAGGAAGGGGUCUUUUGUGGCAGAGGUCAGCAACUGGAGGGGAAAGACAGAAGAGGCAGGGUGCAUUUGUGGCAGAGGUCAGCAACUGGAAGGAAAAGGCAGAAGAGAAAAAGUAUGUUUGUAGCAGUGGUCAGCAGCAGUGGACAGAAGGGAAAGAAAACACUUAUUGUAGUGGUCAGCAGCAGUGGAAAGACAGAAGAGGAAGAUGACAUUUGUGGUAGAGGUCAGCAACCAGAGGGGAAAGACAGAAGAGGAAGGGGUCUUUUGUGGCAGAGGUCAGCAACUGGAGGGGAAAGACAGAAGAGGCAGGGUGCAUUUGUGGCAGAGGUCAGCAACUGGAAGGAAAAGGCAGAAGAGAAAAAGUAUGUUUGUAGCAGUGGUCGGCAGCAGUGGACAGAAGGGAAAGAAAACACUUAUUGUAGUGGUCAGCGGCAGUGGACAGAAGGGAAAGAAAACACUUAUUGUAGUGGUCAGCGGCAGUGGACAGAAGGGAAAGAAAACACUUAUUGUAGUGGUCAGCGGCAGUGGACAGAAGGGAAAGAAAACACUUAUUGUAGUGGUCAGCGGCAGUGGACAGAAGGGAAAGAAAACACGUAUUGUAGUGGUCAGCGGCAGUGGACAGAAGGGAAAGAAAACACGUAUUGUAGUGGUCAGCGGCAGUGGACAGAAGGGAAAGAAAACACUUAUUGUAGUGGUCAGCGGCAGUGGACAGAAGGGAAAGAAAACACUUAUUGUAGUGGUCAGCGGCAGUGGACAGAAGGGAAAGAAAACACUUAUUGUAGUGGUCAGCGGCAGUGGACAAAGGGAAAGAAAACACUUAUUGUAGUGGUCAGCGGCAGUGGACAGAAGGGAAAGAAAACACUUAUUGUAGUGGUCAGCGGCAGUGGACAGAAGGGAAAGAAAACACUUAUUGUAGUGGUCAGCGGCAGUGGACAGAAGGGAAAGAAAACACUUAUUGUAGUGGUCAGCGGCAGUGGACAGAAGGGAAAGAAAACACUUAUUGUAGUGGUCAGCGGCAGUGGACAGAAGGGAAAGAAAACACUUAUUGUAGUGGUCAGCGGCAGUGGACAGAAGGGAAAGAAAACACUUAUUGUAGUGGUCAGCGGCAGUGGAAAGACAGAAGAGGAAGAUGACAUCUGUGGCAGAGGCUUUAUAAAAUGCCAGGAAUGUCACCCUAGCAGCUUUAAGAAACGAGAUAGUUAA